CUGAUCCGCAUCACGGAACCCUGGCCGAGGAGGACGCGCUAUAUAUCCCAUACAGCGCCCGCCGACAUUCCUCCUCUUCGACGCGAUCGCCAUGGCCGACAUACCGUAUCACCACGCCCAAUUCUAUCCAGCGCCGCAAAUAGGGCAUCCCUACCAUCCCAGCCUCCAAGGUCCCGUCCAUGUGCCACCCUCCGGCCGCAUUGAGACCGUUAUACCUCAACGGAAGCGACCGAAAUAUACGCGGAGCAAGACAGGAUGUAUGACAUGUCGAAUCAAAAAAGUCAAGUGUGACGAGACCAAACCGAGUUGUCUCCGGUGUCAGAAUGGUCAAAGAGACUGCACAUGGCCAGAGACGGUAAACUUACGCAAGAAGACUGGCGUCAAGCAGGAACCGUUGGACCCCAGGACUUCGCCAACCGACUCGCUCGACAGGCUCUCGGACAUGUCCGCUCCGUCGACGCGGGAGCCUUCGCCGUACCAAAGAGAAGAUCAACUUGCUUUGCCUCCCUUGGGCGGUCGACGGCACAGCGACUCGAUGCAAUACCUCCCGCCGCCCGCUCCUCCGGACAAUGGCCUUGGUCGCCGCUCAACUAUCCCGCAUCUGGCACAUGGUCCUCCCACUUACGCCCCUGCGCAUCCGGCUGCCACUUCAAGCGGUUUGCCAAUGAUACCACCGGAGAUGCAGCACCAAUACCAUUCACAAAUGCGGUAUGAACCUGAAUACCAGAACAUGACACACAUGAUCACCAUCCUCACCAUCCUCACCUUCACCACUCCAGUCCACACCACAACAAUCCUCACCACCCCGGCCCUCAUCAACCCCAGCCUCACCACCCGCUCCCGGCAGUUUCCAUUAGUCAAUGGACUUCAGGCGUUUCACCGCUGGCGCCUCCUGACUCCUACUAUGAGCCUGCACACAACAGACAAAUGCCCGAGCAGCCUACAGCCACGGUCUAUGCUCGCCCUAGAUACCAGUAAUGGCUUACUCACGGCGUAA